GAACCCCAAAGGCGAAAAGAAAGGCCCUACUAGCUUUUUUUUGUGUGCCUCUGAAACACCAUUCUCCUAUAUCACACAAAUAUAUCUUUGUUACCUGUGUCCCCCACCUCCAUCUAUCCUAGUAAAAUGGACCCAUAUGCACCAAAACCAGCUCAAUCUCAUUUCUAGCCCCCCUUUAUUCUCCCCCUCUCAUUCCAUUCUUCUCCCAAAUCAAACCACAUUAUACCCAUUACCCAUUACCCAUUACACAUUCUUCUUCUUCUUCUUCUUCUUGUUAUUAUUAUUAAUUAAUUAAUUACCAUUAGCAAUAAAGACACAACAUUUUUUUGAUGGGGAGGAGGAUGAUGCAAUGGAACACCAUCACCAAAGCUUCAAUUCUCAUCACCAUCACCCUCCACUUGAUUCUCCCCGUGGCCGUUAACAGCAUGAGGCUCGAACUGGUGCACAGGCACCACGAGCGCUUCUCCGGCGGCGGCGGUGACGUGGAUCAGGUCGAAGCGGUGAAGGGUUUCGUAAACAGGGACGGCCUGCGGCGGCAGAGGAUGAAUCAGAGGUGGGGUGUUAGUAAUUACGACAGAAGAAGAAAAGGCUUGGAAACAACGACGACGACGGAGGUGGAAAUGCCGAUGCGCGCGGGGCGCGACGAUGCCCUCGGCGAGUACUUCACCGAGGUCAAGGUCGGGAGCCCCGGGCAACGGUUCUGGCUCGCCGCGGACACCGGCAGCGAGUUCACGUGGUUCAACUGCGUAAUGCGGAAUGCUACAACAACGGCAACAACCAAGAAGACCAGGAAGAACAAAACCAAAAAGAAACAUCAUCAUCACAGCAAGAGGAACAGGACGAGGACGACGAGGAGAACAAAGAAGAAGAAGGCCAAGAGUAAUCCCUGCAAGGGGGUGUUCUGUCCGCAUAGGUCUAAGUCCUUUCAAGCUGUCACGUGUGCGUCGCAGAAGUGCAAGAUUGAUCUCAGUCAGCUUUUCUCGCUCAGUCUUUGUCCCAAGCCUUCUGAUCCUUGCUUGUAUGACAUCAGCUAUGCUGAUGGAUCAUCUGCAAAGGGAUUCUUUGGCACUGACACUAUCACAGUAGACCUCAAAAAUGGAAAGGAAGGAAAAUUGAAUAAUCUCACAAUUGGGUGCACAAAAUCCAUGGAAAAUGGGGUAAACUUCAAUGAAGACACUGGAGGUAUAUUGGGGCUAGGCUUUGCCAAGGACUCAUUCAUUGAUAAAGCAGCUUAUGAAUAUGGUGCCAAGUUCUCCUAUUGUUUAGUUGACCAUUUAAGCCACAGAAACGUUUCAAGUUAUCUAACCAUUGGUGGCCACCACAAUGCCAAAUUGUUGGGUGAAAUCAAAAGAACAGAACUCAUUUUGUUCCCUCCAUUCUAUGGUGUGAAUGUGGUAGGCAUCUCAAUUGGGGGCCAAAUGCUGAAAAUCCCACCUCAGGUUUGGGAUUUCAAUUCUCAAGGAGGCACCUUAAUUGACUCAGGCACAACCUUGACUGCACUACUUGUUCCAGCCUAUGAGCCUGUUUUUGAGGCCUUGAUCAAGUCUUUAACAAAAGUCAAGAGGGUCACUGGUGAAGACUUUGGAGCAUUGGAUUUUUGCUUUGAUGCUGAGGGGUUUGAUGAUAGUGUAGUGCCAAGAUUAGUGUUCCAUUUUGCAGGGGGAGCAAGGUUUGAGCCACCAGUGAAGAGCUACAUCAUUGAUGUGGCACCCCUAGUGAAGUGCAUUGGAAUUGUUCCAAUAGAUGGGAUUGGUGGUGCAUCUGUCAUAGGCAAUAUUAUGCAACAAAAUCAUCUGUGGGAGUUUGACUUGUCAACAAACACUAUAGGGUUUGCCCCUUCUAUCUGCACUUAAUUAUUAUUAGUUAUUCUUGUAAUCUUGUGAAAAUGUGAUCAUUUCAUUUUUUUUUUACUCUCCCUUCCCUCAUUUUCUUGCGGGCACAAGCAAGUCACAUUGGUGCUUGUCUUGUUCGAAUUGGAUUUUUAUUAUUCUUUUUUAUUUUCUAUUUUUUCACCUUUGUAAAAUAUUACGUGUAAACAUGUAUCAUACAUCUAAAUUCAACUUCUUAUGAUGUUAAUGAUACGUGGCUGGGCCACAGAUUUCCUUUUAGAUA